CUCGCGACUGACAAGCAGCGGUCGCCGUCGCCGAUCCGUUGUCGAGAGAUCCCAGAUCUCCAAAAACCGAAAACCGCAUCUCGAGAUCUAAGAUCCAAGAUCCCAAACGAUCCGUACCGUUCCGAACCGAUCCCGCGAUCCGUUCCGUGAGUGCCGCGUUUUGUUUAUUAUUUUUUUUCAAUUUUUUUAAAAGUCCCGCAUCCUUUUGAGUGCAGUGUGCCGCUUAACAAAAAUCGCAUCGAAUCAUCUGAAUUUUUUUCGAGUGCCCUGUGCCGAGGAUAACCCACACCAGCAGCUGGCAUGAUGCUCCGUUUGACUCUGCUGGUCGCCUGCUGCCUCUGCGCCGCCCAGGCGGUGUUGCACGGCAAGGAUGUGAAGCGCCGCGAGGCGGGAUUCGACACAUACGGUCCGCCGCCACGCCCUGCCCCCCAGUACGGACCCCCGCCCCCGCAGCAGCACGUGCCCCACCGGGAGUACGGUGUGCCCCAGCAGAUUCCCUUCCGGGAGUACGGACCUCCGGCCCUGAAAUACGGUCCACCCAAGCUUAACUUCCUGGGAGGAGGAGGCGGUGGUGGCGGCGGCGGAGGUAGUUCCCUGCAUGAGCAGAUCAAGACCCACUUUGGGGUGCCCAAACCCUUCUACGGACCCCCGCACAUUCAGCACAAGCCUGCCCAGCAGUACGGACCACCACCCCCGAAACCAGCACCCCAGUAUGGUCCACCUCCACAGCCAGCGCCCCAGUAUGGUCCACCCCCGAAACCGGCACCCCAGUAUGGUCCACCACCACCGCAGUACGGUCCACCCCCACCACUGAAGAUUCAGCACCGCCCGGCUCCUCAGUACGGACCACCCAAGCCUCAGUAUGGUCCACCACCUCCGCCGCAGCUGCUGCCCUCGCCACAUGCCGCUCCCCUCUUCAAGCCCGCCCAUCAGCCGGCAACCUCCUACGGACCACCUGCCUCUGGUCCACUGAACCUGCCGCCCAAGCAGAUCUUCGAUGCCCCACCCCCUAACUAUGGACCACCACCUCUACCCGUGGCCCUGCCCGGAAAUGGACCCGCCACCACGAUCAUCCUGACCAACGGUGGAGGACACUCGGGACCAAGUGGACCCAGUGGACCCAGUGGCCCGGGACCAGUGAAGCAGGUACAGAUCCAGAUCGACUCCUCGGGACAUACGCACAGUGUGAGUGGCUCCCAGGCGCCCUUCCACACGGCAUGCGAUGGCUGGAAACCGAUCCCGGCUCCCAUUGGAGCCUACGUCGAGCAGAAUCACAUCGAGACUCAGGGUGGCUACAGCCAGGUGAACCAGGGACAUGGUGGAUCCUUUGGAACCCAGUACAGUGGUGGUGCAGGAGUGGGAGGCUCUGGAAGCGGAGGCGGUAGCAUCAUCGACGGACUCUCGGAUGAGCAACUGGUGGCCGUGGCCCUUCAAGGAGGCGGCGAUGGAGCCCAUCUGAUCACCGGACCUGGAGGCAACUCCAUCGAAGCGGAAGCUCUGCAGGCCGCCAUUGGCUCCCUGGAUGACUCGUACUCCAAGCCACCCUCGGAUUCGUUUGCCCCCGGCUCAGUGCAUGCCCAGAAGUACCAGACCAUUGGACACUCGGGAUCUUCUAAUGGAAACUAUGGACCUCCUCCACCUCCACCAAGUGGAAACUACGGACCUCCUCCACCACCUCCCAGUGGCAACUAUGGACCUCCGCCCAGCGGCAACUACGGACCUCCUCCUCCGCCUCCUCAGGGCAACUAUGGACCACCACCUCCGCAGUUUGCCGCCCUCACCAGCAGCAGCAGCAACAGCCACUCUCAUUCCCACUCCCAGUCCAAUGUGAACAUCCAGUAUGGUCCUCCUCCAUCCGGAAAUCCUCAGCCCUUCCCGCAGCAUGGAGCCGGUCAGCCCAACAAGCCGGUGGCCUAUCGCCCACCUGUGCCCGCCGGUCUGCUGGAAUCCAUUGGAGCCACUGUGCAGCAUUUGGAUCAAUUUGGGGUGAAGCCUCAGCAGCAGCCAGCCACCUACAUUCCCCCUGCGGCCAAUGAGAUUCCCCUGGCCGGAUCUGGUCCUCCACCACUGCCAGCUCCGCAGGCUCUGUACCAGCCACCACCUCCUCCUCCGCCUCAGUCUGCCCCCCAGGUGAUCCUGCAGCAGCAGCUGCCUGCCCCGCAACCAGGACCCUCCUUCAUUCACCAGAACAAGUUCGGACCACCGGGACCACCGCCACCACCUGAGCCCCAGUACCUGCCACCUCCUCCGCCACCAGUGGCCAAUGUGCGUCCACUGGGACCUCCGCCACCACCUUCCCAGCAGUACCUGCCCUCCGCACCAUCACCACCACUUUUCUACCAGCAGCAACAGCAUCAGCAGCACCACCAUCACUCGGAGAACAGCUACAGUGAAUCGCAGUUCCACUCCCAGGGAUUGCCCCUACCACAGCAGGCUCCUCGCUUCAAUCUGCAGCAGGGUCAGCAGUUCCAGCAGGGUCAGCAGUUCCAGCAGGGUCAGCAGUUCCAGCAGGGUCAGCAGUUCCAGCAGCAGCAGCCCAUCAUCAUCCACGACUGCGGACAUGGACCCAAUCUGGUGAGCAGCAAUGGCUACACGGUGCAGCAGCAGCAGCAGCAACAGCAACAGCAGCAGGUGCAACACUUUGGCAGCGUGUCCGCCGCCUCCGCCGGAGCCUACAACGCCAUCUCGCAGAGCAUCCCAGUGGCCGAGCAGCACACCCAGCAGCUGGUCUCUGGACCCGGCGACAGCUAUGGUCCUCCGCCCUCUGGCAACGACCUGGAUUACGAUCACACCGGCUAUGCCUCGCAAAAGAAUUCGGUGGCUGCCCUGCCCGAUGGCACUGAUCCCCACCAGCUGCCCGGUUUGGAUGGCCUCGAUGUGCUUUCCGCCCAGAAAUCGCAGAGCAUCCAGCUGAAUGGACAACAGCCCACGCAGAACUUCCAGGUGCAGUUCGGGGGAUCCCUGAACAAUGCCCCAGGAGUCUCCACCGGUGAUGCCAACCACGAGGAGAUCCUCUCCCAGGGUCUGCUGCAGUCCAUCCUCACGGCCAUCGAGCAGCCGGGUGGUCAGCAGAAUGUGCCCCAGAACCACAAGGCCCAGAGUCGUUCCGAUGAGCAUGAUCAGGAGCAGGAUCAGGCCCAUGACGAGGAGAAUGAGGAGCAUGAGCAUGAGCAGGCCAGCAGCUCCUCCAAUCGCGUGGAGGUGCGUGUGCUGCCCGAGAAUCCCGACAACGAGGAGGAGACCCCAGCCGAGGUCAAGGAGAUCGAGCCCAUCGUGGUCAACGACGAGGAGGCCAAGCAUUAGUCAGUCACUAGUUAGCAUCGAACUCAUCAGCGCCGCUUGAACCUAUUUAUUGCUGCCUCAUCAUCAUCAACUAAGAGCUAACCCCAGUCUGUCCCCCCAGUUGCCAUAAAGUGAAAGUCCAGGGGGCAGGAGGGGAUCGGAUUGGAUCCACCACAGAUUUUUUUAUUAAAAAAAAAACAAAAAAC